CUUGCAGAGGGCUGCUGAUCUGCUGUGUGUCCCCUCUGAGGAGCUUCUCAUGAGUCUGAGAGUGAGGACGCUGAAGGCGGGGAAGCAGAGCGUCCUCAAGCCCUGCUGCCGGGCCGAGUGCAGCAUGAGGAGAGACUGCCUGGCCAAGGUCAUCUACGCACAGUUAUUUGAAUGGCUGGUUACAUUCAUCAACAACAGCAUAUGUGCAGACAAAUCCACAUGGUGCAACUUUAUAGGAGUUCUAGAUGUCUACGGGUUUGAGUGUUUCCAGAUCAAUAACCUGGAGCAGCUGUGCAUCAACUACGCCAAUGAGAAGCUGCAGCAGCACUUUGUGGCUCAUUAUCUCAGAGCUCAGCAGGAGGAAUACGUGUCUGAGGGGUUGGAGUGGUCCUUUGUCAAAUAUCAAGACAACCAGAGCUGUCUGGAUCUUCUGGAGGGAAGUCCUGUCAGUGUGUUUUCUCUUCUGAACGAGGAGAGUCGUCUUAAUCGUGCCUCAGACGCAAAGACAAUGAAGGUGCGUCUGGAGAAGGAACUCAGCAAUAAUGCCAACAUCAGCUGGGACAAGUUCAGCAAACAGCCGCACUUCACUGUGGCCCAUUACGCUGGCCAAGUCGCCUACCAGAUACAGGGGAUGGUGGAGAAAAACAAGGAGUUCAAACCACAUAUCUUUAUAGUGGCAGAAGAAGCCUACAGGAACGUGCAGAACCAGCUGGAGCCGGUGAACCAGUCCUUGUUGGUCAGCGGAGAGAGCGGUGCAGGAAAG